CUCACUUCCCGGGACAUUUUCCUUGUUUGUGUCUGUUCAACGCUGUCGCCAAAAUCCGUAACUUCAGAGGAAGGACUUUGUUUUUUGUCAUGUUUGUUUGUUUUCGUUUGAAUGGUUUGAGGUGUUAGUCACGGUAACGUCUAGCAGAACAUGGGGGAUGAAGUUCAAAUAUGGGUUCGACCGGAAGUGAUGGAGCUUGGAGUUUUACCAAUCAUCCCCCCAGAUAAAAUUUCUAUUGAGAUGUUAUCACGUUUGCUCCAGUAUGCUGAAGAUUUGGGUGAGCGUGGAUAUCCUAGAAUGAGCUAUGAUACAUGGAAGCAUAUAGCUGUUAAAAAGAUGUGCAUAUCUGUAGAAUGUGGAAUGGUUGUCUUCUUUUCCUGUCUGCUGUUUUCAAAGUUGCAGCCUGGUAGGGAUAGAGAAUUGGAGGCAUCACUAGCAUCAGCAUUAUCACAAAAAGAAAGAGAUGAAAUGAUGGGUGAUGUAGAAGUCUGGACAAUGGAAUUAAUAAUAAUGUUAUACCUCCAUCGUGUCACAAGUGCUCAUCCUCGAGCAGUUGCCAGACAAGCUUCUUUGCAAACGCUCACCACUGACCCGUGGCCCAACAAUUCUUGCACGGUUUCCACUACACGCAAGCAGUUACUAGAAGAAAAGCAUGCAAAAUUUGUUAGAGAAGCUCUUCCAGAGUUAUUGAGUUUGUUGGCUGGGCACUUACAAGUUGAAGACAAUGAGAAAAAGAAAAAAGUAGCAGAUAAGCGCACCACGAGAGAAUUGCUAAGUUUUAUGAAGUCCGCUGGUGUUUUAUCUGUUGAUGUGGUGAAGUCCUUGGGUUUAAUUUUAGGAGCCUGUGUGCGUGGAGAAAAAAAUGAGAGGGAUCUGUUGGCUGUUGCUACUGAUGUGAACAAUUGUUAUAGAUCUGGUUAUCUAAGCAAAAAAAAUGCCUUUCAAAAAGGUUUAUUUGAACAGUGGUUAUUGAGAGGUCUUGACUGGGCUCCUCACGGAGAAUGGCUUUGUGUACGCAGAGGAUGCAGACAGCCGUGGCCAGUGGUAUCACUAGCACCUCAGUCACAUCAUAGGGUAGUAGCCUCACCAGCAGCAGGGCAUAGGUUAAUAUAUGUAUGUGAGCUCAUUGAUGGCUUAACUGCACAUAUGGGAGAAGAGGUGGCCAACUGUGAUCUAAAAAUUCGUAGAUGUUCCAAGUCAAACAUUUACAUCCUUCAGCCUAUCAGAAAUGCUGUGAUACACAAGUGUCAUGACACUAGGGUAGUUUUAGGGCCAGUUACUGGAAGGGUUCGUCUGAGCGAGUGCCGUAACACUGUAGUUGUAUGUGCAGCGAGGUCGAUGGUAAUAGCAGAUUGCAGAGGAGUUAUUGUGCACACGCUCACUCCACAAAGGCCAAUUUUGGUCGGUGGGCGUACGCAAGGCGUCACUUUGGCCCCACUUAAUAUAUACUACACAAAGCUUAAGCAGCAUAUGAUGCAUGCACAACUUCAGUCACAUAUUAAUAUGUGGAAUAGACCAUUACAUUUAAGUAGUGAUGGGGUGAUUACUGGUGCUUGCGAAGUAAUGAAUCCUGAAGAUUUCCAGCUUUUGAUCAUUCCAUUCACACAAACCCCUCCAGUAGAUGGCAGACCCCCACUUCUUCCUCCUGGGUUGCCUCAUGAAUAUGCAAAGAGUGUUGAAGAUGCUGGAAAAUGUGUUUCAAGUUUUAGAUCUGAAGUGAAAGAUGCAAACCUCACUCCAGAGCAGCGGGCUAUUUUGCAAAAAGUCAUUGACACUAAAUUUAAGAUUUGGCUGCGAGAAACGGGUAAACAACGGGAGCUUGAUCAGCUCGAGAAGUUUGCAAUCACAUUAAAAUACGAACGGGUGGCAAAAACAACCUCUAUAUAGACUAGAAAUUAUUUGACCUGUGGACCAGAUUUAAUGCCUUGUUGCCAAAUGAAAUGCAUUUAGUCAGUAGUGUUAAGGUUAUACUUGCUCAAGCAAUGAGUAUUUUGUAAUGUAUUUAUAUAGUUUUAGCCAAUAUGAUACAUAUCUUCCAGUGAAAGAAAUAUUCAGGAACUUCCAAAUAUUUGUGUUCGUGUU